AAACACGUGUUGUGGGCCCUCUUGUGGGCCCAUACGAGGUGGAUGACGACGAAGGUCUAUUUAGUAACGUGAAAGUGUUAGGCUUUGAAUUGAAACUCCGAGUCCGAGGUAGUCGGAGUUUGGAAGUUUGUUAAGAUCGUGAAGAGAUCAGAAUCUUAUCAUAAGAUUGGGCAAUUGGGUUGUUGAGAUUUCGAUAAAGCUUUCAAAAAGAUACGGUUUGUGUACAAUUUUUUUUUUCCUGGGAGAGUUUGCGUUUUCACAAAGAGAAGAAAGUGUUCAUAAGGUGUUCGACAGUUUGCCUGAAAGAGGGGGUUGGGACAUAGCCUGUGGCGAUGGAGCUACUGCACUUUGACUGUAUGAACAGGCUGCCUGUGUUGAAUGACAUGAACUACGGGAUUUGGAAGAUAAAGAUGAGGGCUUUCAUUCGUGGGAUCGAUGUUGAUGCCUGGGAUUCCGUGGAAACAGGUUGGAAUCCGCCGGUUUUGAUCGACGAAAAGGGCAAUGUUUCACUCAAACCAAGAGCAAGUUGGACUGAUGAAGAGAAGAGAAGAUCCAACCUUGAUGCAAAAGCACUAUCUGCGAUCUUCGCCUCGGUGGAUUUGAACAACUUCUGGCUGAUUUCGGGUUGCGAAUCCGCAAAGGAGGCUUGGACAACGAUCGUGGACGCGUUUGAAGGAAGCGGUAUCGCGAAAAGAUUGAGACUUGACAUGUUGGACUGUAUGUUUGAGAAAGCCCGGAUGGGAGAAGAGGAAAAGGUUGCUGAUUUCAGUGCGAGGCUCUGUCAUAUCGCCAUCGAAGCGGAUGCAAUGAGGAAGAAGAAGAAGUACGGGGACAAAAGGCUCGUGAGGAAACUGAUGGAAUCGCUUCCGGGAAAGUUUUUCUAUAUGAAAACAGCAAUGGAGAUGAAAGAGAUGACGAAACCGAUGGAACAGAGACUGAAGCUCCAUGAAGUUGUCGGGAUCUUGACAGCAGAAGAGGUGGCUAUGGAUCUGCGGCAGAAAGAUGGGUUGAAGAAGAAAGCAUCUCAAGCAGAAUUUGGAUCUAUGGUUAUGCUGAGAAAGAGAAUGGAGAAGAUGAUGAGAUCGAUGGAACAAAGUGAAAGGUAGAGACUUUAAGUGGCAUGUUCUAUAUGGUGAAUUAGAUUAAUAAUAAUGAAAUGAGAUUUUUCACUUACAUUAAUAGAAAACCC